CAGGGAUGAUUUGGUACUGCCUGCAGCUGUAAAGAGCGUGACCUCAGUCUUCCUCCGAGUAAAAGUCUUUGUAGAUGAUUAUCAUUUUGAUGGAGGUGUUUCCGUAUCUGUCUCAUUUGCUGAUGUAAUGCAGAGGGUUAUUUGCAGAGGAAAGACAUGCACAACUUCUGACGAGACUCGGGGAGAAGUAGCCAGUCGACUUCGUGUUUUUGAAAGUUGAGUUCUCCUAAACUGGUGAACAGAGUUCCUCAUUACAACCGAUACAUUAGCGGAAAUAAAAAUAGAAGCGGAAUGGCAGAGGAAGACGAUUUUUCAUACCUAAAGACAUUUCCCCAGGUGUUUCCUGUAUUUCGAGUUCGUUCUUUAAGUGACACUUGGGCUUUUAAAUCUAGAAUAUUGACCAGACUCCGUUCAGCAUGCUCAGUGGAGGGACUGGAAAAAUCUUCUCUGGCCAACUGUGAUGUGGUGGUGGGAAGCUCGCAGUCUCCUCAGCUGAAAGGAAAGGGGAAGCUCUCUUCUCUGGGCAAGAUCUUUAAACCUUGGAAAUGGAGAAAGAAGAGAACCAGUGAUAAGUUCCAGGACCUCUCAAAAGUUCUGGAGAGGAAAAUAUCCACCAGGCAAACUAGAGAAGAACUCAUAAGAAAAGGUGUCCUUAUUCCAGACCAAGAUGAUCCUUUGAACACAGAGACCUUGAAUGGUCAUGCAGUGCCCAGUGGAGUUACUGAAAAGGUCAAAGUAGACAUUGAAACACCAGAACUAGUCCCUGAAGAGAAACCAGACUUGGCAGCAGUGGCAGAGGACCCUGAAGAGAGGAAUGACAGCAAAUGCAGCCCGCAGGCCACUGAGUCAGCCACUCCAAAAACCCCUACCAAAAAACAUCAGGCCACACCCCAAAAACCGUCUGGUGAGGCCACAAGCACAGGCGUGAAGAAAGUGGGCCAAGCAGGGGGUAAAAAGGUUACCAAGAGCACCAAUAAGCAGGUCUCCGCUCCUCCGCCCAAACAAACCACACGAACUACCGCUCGUGGCAAUGCUAAACCUUCGAACCCUAAAAAAACUGCAGGCACAUCCAAAAGUUCCUCUCAGGCCUCAGGACAAUCUUCUUCAUUGACCAGCUCCAAGACCCCAAAGAAUAACAGCUUAGAAGCGCAACCCAAGUCUGCCAAGAAAACCGAACCUUCCAGGUCACCACGGCCCCCUUCCAAACCCUCAUCUGAGAGCACGGAAAGCUCUUCUAAGAAGGACAAAAAGAAAAAAGAAGUGACCUCCAAUAUUGAGAAAGCUGAGGAGACCUCUCAGAAUGGGAAGGGUGCCAGUCAUCUCUCGGAGUCGUCUGCAAAGAAGGACAAAAAACAACCCUAUGUUAACCAAACCACAGAGGAAACGUCCUUCGCUGGAUCUUCAAAUGGACUUUCUUCAGACACUUUAGGGCAGCCUGUGAGCACAGAGAGUGAAACGGAGAAAGAGAGGGCAGUGGCAGAACAGACACAGAGGAUUGUUGGGACUGAUGAGGGAGAGAGACAACAAACCGUCAAUGUGGAAAGUCCAGAAGUGACUAUCAUUCCUGACUCCAUUCGAGAAAACCAGGCCAACGACUCAGAUUCAGAUGGACCUAUACUCUACAAGGAUGAUGAAGAGGAGGAUGAGGAUGAUGAGUAUACCUCUAGCUCACUUGCCAACAAAAUUCGCCGCAGGGACACACUUGCCAUGAAACUUGGUAACAGGCCCAGCAAGAAGGAGCUAGAAGAGAAGAACAUUCUCCCACGGACUUCAGAGACGGAGCGACAGGAGCUAUGGCAGCAGAUUGGCUGUAAACUAGUGAGACGGCUGAGCCAAAGGCCCACCACAGAAGAGCUUGAACAGAGAAAUAUUCUGAAACAGAAAAAUGAGGAAGAAGAACAAGAGGCCAAGCAGGAGAUUAAAAGAAGGCUAUCCCGAAAGCUCAGCGUCCGGCCCACAGUUGCAGAGCUGGUGGCCCGUAGAAUUUUGCGCUUCAAUGAAUAUGUGGAGGUCACAGAAGCAAAAGACUAUGAUCGCCGUGCUGACAAGCCCUGGACCAGGUUAACCCCUGCAGACAAAGCUGCUAUACGUAAAGAGCUUAAUGAAUUUAAAAGCAAAGAAAUGGAAGUCCAUGAAGAAAGCAAACAGUUUACCAGGUUUCAUCGGCCCUGAGGCGGUGCCUGGUUGUGGGGGUUCUGGACAGCCGCUAACUCGAGGCUCUCUCUUCCUGUCUCUUCGCCAUGCUUCCUGCCGGGAGGCUAACAGACUGGCUCCCUGUGGCAGCCGGCUCUUCCCUGGCACCGGCUGCACUUCGGUUCUUGCUUUCAGCCACUAGAGGGCUUCAGCGUGGCUAAAGAUAGGAUUGGGAUGCCAUUGCGAACCGAAACGGAAAGAGAGGGGACCUUCAAACAAGAUAAAGCAAUGCAAUGGUUCUGACAUGUUUUUUUCAUAUCUGUAAUGUUUUUGCACACACUAAGGACAAGACUUGCACUCUUUUAAUUUAAAGUGUCCCUGGUAUUCUCUCAAGGUUAAGCACAGCAGUGUGAAAACAUUGAAGCGCGUGCAGUGACUCAUCAGUGGCUCGCAUUGUUGCUGCAUGCAGCUCGGAGGAUUUUUUUGUGUGUUUUGUUUUGUAUAUAUUACAUAUUUCUAGCAGUAUUCGUGCAGAGUCCAGUAAUAUCUAUGAAUAUCCAUGCAUGUGGAAAAAAACAAACAUUUUAUAAGACUCAUGUAUCUGGUCCAGUGUAUAUCACAUGGAUAUUGAGGUUUAUUUGGGCAUCAUGAUGUCCAGAUUUAUUACUGCCAUUAUUCGUCUGUAUCAAGAUCAAUACGUCCUCAAUAUAAUAGAAUGUAAUCAGAUUUAUGUUGUGCCUUGACAGUGUUGCCCCCCCCCCCCCC